CUACUCGUGCUCCUGAUGACGACGCACAACACACACACUCACGUCAUGUUACUUGCCUCAUGGGCCCAUCUCGUACGUCUUUGCGGACCUCCGUCAGUUCUCUGUAGCGGCGGCUCCGCUCGCACUCGGUGGCCAGCUCGGGGGGUGUGCGGGGCAUCGGUGGCGUCACCAGGCCGUCUGGGGGUCACACAAGCACAUACAGCAUCACAAGUGAGCUACCUGAGUUUGUCACCUGAGCUACCUGAGGGUGUGGGAACGUAGAUCCCCACCCCGGAGCGGGGAGGGGAAGCGCUGGCAGCGACGGCGAGGGCUGCCAUGGCUCCUGCGUACACACAAACUCACGUACACAUUGGCCAUCUCCCAUUCCCCCUCUGGGUCACCUGGGCCGCGUGUGCUCCUGUAGCUCGCCGCUUCGGCAAUGGGCGCGUUGCUGAACAUCUUGGCAAAAAGCCGCCCGUCUUCAGUGAGGAGGACGUCCCCCUCCUGCUUGAGAAAGGGCUGCUGCCUUCCUCCUCGGAGGGCAGCAGCCGCUGCAGCUGCCGUCGAUGCAGAUGUGAUCGUAUUUAUCAGCGAUCCCGAAUCCUUGGUUACCAACCUGAAGACAGGCGUCGUCCGUGCAUGUGUGCGCGGUGGUUGAUGCCGCUCAGUGCAGUACUCGGCUGCAAAAUCAAAACGAUCAGCAGACAUAGGCAUCCAUUCUAUCCUUCUAGCCACGUUUCGUGUACCUGCGGGCGGCGAAGGGGCCGGUAGAAGUCGGUAUGCAUCGACUGCUGCACACAAAUCACAGGCAACCUAUAGGAGUCCCCAUCUCUGCAGCCCAUUCACUUGCCACCUGUGUGUGCAUCGUGGUGGGUGUGGGCGUGAAUGGGCGAGAUGGCCCCCCUCCUCGUGAUGCUCCGGCGGGCUGAGCACAUGCAAAAAGGACGCACAAAAAGACACAAAUCCCUGACUACCCACACCACCUCUCUCAGCUCCGUACCUGCAGCUGUCUCUCGCGCUGGCGGGCUUCCUCUCGGGCCAGCCGCUGACCACACACACGGACAGGGACACACCACUGUUCACAGAUGCCUCCAACAAACGACUCCUCUCUUGUUUAUGCGAACCUCAUCUGCCAGCCGCCAUCUCUCCUGAUGACCACACACCAUACACAGACACGUCAUACGGCUUUGUCAUGCGCCGAACCGCGCGCGCAUCUGGUGCUUCUCGCGUACCAGGUCAGCGGGGCUCCUGGCGAGUCUGGGGCGGCUUUCAGGCGGCGUGACGGGCGUGAGCGGCGUGCGGCGUCCUGAGUGAGGGUGACACGAGCACAUCAUCAAGCAACAGACGGAGGGGGGAUGUUUUAGUACAUACACAUACACACACACACACACACACAGAGAGAGAGAGAGAGGCCACACAGCAGACUACGCGCAGAGUGCGGAAGUGAUAUUCAACUGACACAAUGGAUGUAGAUUGAAGGUGUUGCCUGCCUUACUCUUACCUUCGUCAAUCGUCGCCAACCGUCGGCCACCCACUGAAGCAACACCGCCACCUGUAGGAAGAAAGUUUGCCGACCAGUCAGUCAAGGGGAAGAAAGUUUGCCGACCAGUCAGUCAAGGUCUUUCCCCCCUCCCCCUGCCUGCUUGCUCGCCUACCUGGCAAUGUUGCGUCGACAUGUGACGUUCCCAGGAAAGGAAAAACCUCGGAUAUCGGACGCGUAAGACACUGAAACGCCACGCUCACAUAUCGCAUGAGUAUCCUCUGCCUACCAGGCGUCCACCCUCCCUCGUCCUCGCCCAGCAGCGCCGCAAACGGGUCUACAUACAAACAAAUACACAGACGCACACAUUCCUGCGCCGGUUUGCCAUCCCCUGUCCUGUUCCAUCCGUACCGUCCUCGUAGCUGGCGUAUGGGACGUGCUCGCCCUCCCGGCUGACCCUGUAGAUCAGCCGGUCGUCCUCGUACAAAUAUCGGCCGACCUGCCGAUAUACGGGCUGCCCCUGCGGAACAGGGGCAGCCGCAGCCGCAGCCGCAGCGAAGGCGGCAGACGCUGGCUCGCCCCGCUGGCUCAU